GAGCGAUCUUUUUCUUGUUUAAAGCGCGUUAAAAACUAUUUGCGUUCGACAAUGUCCGAAGAAAUGUUAAAUUAUCUUGCAAUUCUAUGCAUCGAAAAAACAAUUUUGCAAGAUUUAGACAUUAAUUUCGUUAUUGAUGAAUUUACGCGCAGGAAGGCACGUCGG